AUGUCGAGGCUCGCCCAUCACGAUCCCCCAGCCUCGUCUGUCGCUGACGAUGGCUCUGGCUUCAACAAACUCGACGAUAGUCCCACUGUCGGGCGCCGGGUCCAUGUCCCUGUGCCUUUGUCUGUAGCAUCACCGGCCUACAGUACCAGGACACAAAGACCGCCUAUCCCAAGUCCUCUGUCGGCCAGAAGCUGGACUGUCAGAUCCUCGCCAAGCCCGAGCCCUCGUCAAGAUUCCUUCCUCCCACCACACUCGAACACGAGCAAUCUUGGCCCGCGACAUUUCGACAAUACCCAGUCUAAUUCUGGUUCUGGACCAGAGGAGCAUACGACAUUUUACAGCGACUCGUCGAGGGAUCCAAGCCCAGAGCCGCAGAAUUCCAGACGGUGCUCCUCGCCUACCGCUCCUGAUGAUUCCCGCAUCGUUUCCGAUCCCCUAGCUCCCAGGCUUGCCAGUGACUCUCAAAAGUCACCAAAGCCAGCCAUGUCGGGUCCGGUGGGUGCUGCCCAAGAAAUUUCACAAUCUGCUGGGCUACCUCGAACUUCCUCCAUCGACUCUGCGAUAUCCGCUCUCUCGUCCGACAGGCCUGCCCAGCAACAUGGCUCGCAAGACUCCGGGUACGGAGCGGCCGAUGUCUCGAAUCUGGUGAAUAAGGCAGGCAGCCCAGAGGCAGUCAUUCAAACCCUUCUCAAGGAGAGACAGGCGCAGUCGCAACAGAACACCCAGCUAUGGCGUUUGGUAGACAAGCAACGGGCCAUGAUUCUGGGCCUCAACAAGGACCUCGAGCGGGCGCUGAAGGAAAAGGAAAAGUACAGGUUGAAAUUGAGGGAUCUACUAGCCAACGCCGCGUUGAGCCCGACGAGUUCGAACGAUUUACAGACCCCCUCUCGGCCCAAUGUUCCCCGGAUCGAUGUCAACCAGUCCUCAGUGGGAUUCUCUGAGGCGUCGUCCCUGGACUCACCUAGCCAAACCUUCUCCCCCAUCGAUGCGAUGAUCCCUCCCUACCCGGUCACGCCCAUCACACCCGCGUCUCUCCCAGACCAAGCGGCCAUGCCACCACCUCCAGACACGCCUCGACUCCAGGACCCCUCUCGAAUUCUGCCCAAGGUUAGGGAUCGGGCACCGGGCAGGGUUGACCGAGAUACAGAAGAAAAGUCAGAUCAAGUACCGCGAUUAAAGAAGGAGGACUCCCUCAAGGAUUUACAGUUCAAUGCCUCGCAGCCACCUACCCGUGCCCUGCCUCCGGACCCUCCCAAAGGCCCAUCAACGAAGCUCGGAUCUCCUACUGCUAUGAUGAUCGAAGCAAGAGUUCGAUCGGAAGGAGGAGUAGCCGGCUUUCCAGCGCCACCACGAAAGGCACCUCCUGCUCCACUCCAGCUGAACUCGCCUACUAAAGAGCUGGUACCAGAGGAAGAGACGGAUUCGGAUCUGGAUGAGAUUCUAGAAUCUGCAGACCUGGGAAGUGGAAGCGACGAUCGUGGCCGAAGGCGAACUCGGGCAGAGGAUGAGCUGGACAGAGGGCUCAGAGUCCAAAAGGAGGCCGAAGCAAGGAGUGCUUCUAAGAAGAGCUCAUCCAGCAAACCCGACUCACCUGCCGAAGCCGUCCCUCCUAGCCCCCGUCAGGCUCCGGGACAGCGCCCACAUACUGGCUCAAUGUCGCUUGCCGAAGUCCUUCAAGCCGAUGAGUAUAGCGACCCAGGAUCUCCAGCGAUGAGCUCUGGGCUGCCACUCAGCCCCAGACCUGUGAAUGUGAGACCUCCCAUACACUCUCCGCCACUCUCUCCUAGAAAUGCUGGGGGAUUUCCUUCAGCGCCCUUGUCACCAAGACCUCCCCGCCAACCAAUUCCUAUGCCUCCGAAUACACCGCUCGCAACACCGGCAGUGGCUUCCAUCGAUCAGUCCUUGAUGUCGCCGAAAGAAGGACUCACGAGCCCCACGGCGGUGACAACCCCAACUGAACGGACAAAGAUCUUCAAAGGCCUGAUUACUGAGGAGUUCCCUGAUCUUUUAUUGGCCCCCAACGCUUUACCAUCAAUUGCAAUCCGUGUUGCCUCAUCUCGGAUGAAGCCCUCGCGGGCAAGUCUGAUUUCGCUCACACAGCUUGAAGAAGACCCCGUGUUUACCUUGGCUGUCAUUUCACGUGCUGAUCGCAGUGAGUUAUGGCGACUCGAGAAGGACUCGGCGUCUUUGUCAAAAUUGGACCAACGGCUUAAGCAAUGCCCGGCUUUCACCGCAAGGACGCCGGACAAGUCUCUAUUUUCUGGCCAUGCUCCUGCGAAAGUGGACGCUAGACGCGCAGCACUGGAACAUUACAUGGAAGAAGUCUUGAAUACUCCCUUGGAUCCAAACACGGCACUUGAGCUUUGCAAGUAUCUAUCGAGAAACGCUCUCCCUCCCAAUGUGGAUGAACUAGGAGCCGGAAGCGGGGCACGAGAGGGAAGCUCGCAUAUGAUCGGUCCGGACGGGCGCCCUAUUCGUAGUGGCUAUCUUACCAAACGAGGCAAAAACUUUGGUGGAUGGAAAUCAAGGUUUUUCCUUCUUGAUGGCCCCCUGUUGAAAUACUACGAAACUCCGGGCGGUGCUCACCUCGGCACGAUCAGACUGCAGAAUGCACAAAUCGUCAGACAUUCGCAGAGCGGCGACAGCCACUCCCCGCCCAGGGGCCCGAACAGCGACGAGAUGGACAAUAAUUACCGCCAUGCAUUCCGAAUUCUGGAGCCCAAGAAGAAAGAUUUUAAUAGCCAUGUCAAGCAUGUUUUAUGUGCAGAGAACGACAAGGAAAGAGAUCUUUGGGUAAACGCUCUGUUGCAGUGGACUGAUUAUCGUGAAAAUGAAGAUGAGGAACCAGCACAGACCAGUAGAUCUAAUGCGGCUAGGAGUAGGAAGAGUAUGCCGCCACCAAGGUCGCACCAUCAGACUCAAGACUCAGAUACUUUGGUUGGUGUCCGAUACGAUUCGACGCAGCAUGGUGACGUCCCGCAGUUGGGUGGUAGACCUAAAACAUCUGGUGCUUCUAGCGACCAUCUCGGGCAUCACUAUAACAAUAGCGAUUCGAUGACUCCCAAGUUGAUAUCGGGACCGAAAGACCCUCAACCCAUUGCGGACCUUGCGGCCUGGGGCAAUAAGACAGGUUUGACGGCUCCAACUAGUGAGGAGAAGAAGGUACGGAAGCGAAGCUUUUUCGGGUUCGGGUCAAAGACGCGAUCCAAUUCAGACGGGCAAGAUUCCAUUCCUUCCGUUGGUGAUGGCUUCUCAACCACAGCUCCCUCGGGCAGUGGGUACCAUGGACCAGCACACCAGGUGUUUGGUUCUACAUUGGCUGAGGCCGUACGUUUCACUCCACCGCACGAUGUGGACGUGCCUCUCCCGUCAGUUGUCUACAGAUGCAUUCAGUUCCUAGAGCACAAGGACGCUAUUCUUGAAGAGGGUAUCUUCCGCCUGAGCGGUUCCAGCAUCGUAAUCAAAGGGCUUCGCGAGAGAUUUAAUGUGGAGGGUGAUGUGAAUCUGGUAACCGACGACCAGUUCUACGACAUCCAUGCAGUCGCCUCACUGCUCAAGCUCUAUCUGCGGGAGUUACCGUCGACAAUACUAACGAGAGAGUUGCACCUCGAGUUCCUGGGGACAACGGAGCUUGUCAGCCGCUUAGACAAAGUUGCGGCUCUUAGCGAACUAGUGCAGAGGUUACCGCUUGCGAACGCCACCCUGCUCAAGUACUUGAUUGCUUUCCUGAUCAAGAUCAUCAAUAAUUCAGAUAUGAACAAGAUGCCUGUGCGCAACGUGGGUAUUGUCUUUUCACCAACGUUGAACAUCCCGGCGCAAGUAUUUGCCAUGUUUUUGCAGAACUAUGAGCCCAUAUUCGGUAUUGCUCCUGAAGAGUAUGAGCUCCCAUCGGCCAAUGCAGAUCGCGAGUCGAAUAGACCCGUCGACUCACCCAUCCAAUUCGAUCCGCCACCUCCUCGACCCUCGACCUCAUCCGGCAGUCCUUCGCCACACCGCCAACCGCGCUUAGAUUCCAUGUCGUAUUACCACAACAAUCGAUCAACUCCAACCCCGCCGCUCAUUUCACACAGGGGAACUCCUACUCCACCAUUGGGACGUCAAGGUCAUGAUUCUCCACGCUCUACGACUCAGAGCUUAGGUCAGAGGCCUGGAACUGAGAGUGCAUCCGGCUCACCAACCGUGUCCGAGGCCUACAACCUGUAUUCGUCCAACCGAGGUGCAGCCUCUCAACAGUCACCAGUUGAAGAACCAAGCCCCGGCGGAUUGACUGUACAAGAUUCGUCUGCAAACAGUAGGCGCCGCGAGAGCGUCAUGUUUAUGGGAAACAUGCUCGGGCUACAACCUCAAAAUUCAAAAAGUCGUCUCCGGGAAGAGACGCGGUUCUAG